CAAUGGUGAGAAUGAUGAGAAUGAUGAACUGGGUGAGGCAGAGAGGGGUGGUUUCUAUAGGGAGGAGAUUGCAUAGCUAUGAUGGGCCGAGUGAGAGCUUGAAGAUGAAGAUGGCGGAGUUGGAGAAGAUGAGGAAGAGCAAGAGUAGGAGCUUCAAGAGACAAAAGAACCAAGUGUUUGUUGAGGUUCCGGAGUCUUUGUCCUAUUUGGACACAGCCACCAUGCCCAUGUAUCUCGCCGCUGCCGGAAUGGCUCUCUUUGCUAAGCUCCUCAUGAUGUAUGAUGACUCAAGGUCGCAAGAAUUGAUUGAACGCAAGAUAAGGAAUGCUCCUGCCGAUCAAGGCACUGUUCGGAUGCUAAGUCGUGAGGAGUGGGAAGAAAUUCGAGCAGAGAGGCCGAGGACUCCAUUUGAAUCCAAGCUUGCUCGUCCAAAUGCACGUCUAAGAACUGGAGAACCAGUACGCAUGGAGGAUUUGAAAGAUUGGACAAUUGAUGUGUUCACAGAUGCAUUUGCUCGGGCUGAAGAGAGUGUUAGACGCGGUUCCAGAACAUGUAGCAAAUUGCAUGGUAAAGCCUUUGAACAAUGUUGGCUUUCCAAAGGCGAAGAUCACAUUUUUGCCAUCUUCAUGGUCAAAGAAACCUGCUGGAUCUGCUUCUGA